AUGGUGAUGGCAACUAAUAAUUCAGUCGUGCACUCAAACAAUUACGACCAACCACCAGAUUCAGUACGACACAAUUCUGUAUAUCCCAAAGCUAUCCAAAAUCAAAAACCAUUAUGGAUUGAAAAUGAUAGCAUCCAACACCAACAUCACAUCACACUUGUUUCUCAAGACGAGGAACCCCAGAAUUUGGCACACAGUUGGCAUUAUCCAAUCGCAGCUCACACAAAAGGAAGUAAUACGGUUCAGAAUGAUAAUGAUAUGCCCAAUUCCCAACCAAAUAAUAUAUUGCAGCCGCCUAAGCUUUCACCUCUUGGGACUCAAUCCCAACCUAUAUCACGUAGAGGAAGUAUGGAUAAUAUGGAAACCAAUUUUCAUAAAUUUACAAAGGGAUAUUUGAUCCCAGCUGCAAAAUGGGCAUAUCUGCCUAUUUCAAAGAUCAAUAAAUCUAAACUGAAAAAGCCAGAUGCUGAAGGCAAGAAUGAAUACACAAUUGAAUACUCAGCUUUCCGACCAGUAAAAAAUCUUCCUGUAAUAGCUUCAAAACGUGAUCUUCUAGUUCAUUUUCGUCGAAUAGUAGAAGAUGAAACAGGAGAAGCAUUCGAUUUUCCAGAAAAUUAUUUUAGUGAUCGUGAUUUCCAUAAUUUGAUAACACAAAUCAUCUACAAUAUCGAAGUUGAAUCCCUCUCGCCGCAAAGAAUUGCAUUAGGUUCUUCUGGGAGUUAUUUCAUAUUUAACAAACGAACAGAUGGGACUAUUUAUAAAGCCGGAGUAUUCAAACCGAAGGAUGAAGAACCAUAUGGCCCCCUACUGCCCAAAUGGAGUAAAUGGGCUCAUCGAACCUUCUUCCCCUGUUGUUUUGGAAGAUCAUGUUUGAUUCCUAAUUUGGGAUAUAUCAGUGAAGCAGGUGCAUGUGUAUUAGAUCGACAAUUGUGUUCAUAUAUUGUCCCCCGAACUGAUAUUAUCGAAUUAAGAUCACCGAGCUUCUUUUAUUCGUAUUGGGAUAAGAAUAGUGAUGUGACUAAAUUGCCACCUAAGAUUGGGUCAUUUCAGGUUUUUCUUGAAGGAUAUACCACGGCUGAUGUAUGGCUUCGACAUAAUCCCAUCCCAUCCGACCCGAUUGAGAUUAAUCAUUUGAAAAAAUCCAGUGAUGUACAAGUAGGUAUUGACACUGACAACUAUGACUUCAGAUGGUCACUUGAAUCAAUGAGCCAAUUUCAACAAGAGGUUGAAAAAUUGGUGAUUUUGGAUUAUAUCAUGAGAAAUACCGAUCGUGGGUUAGAUAAUUGGAUGAUCAAAUUAACAUGGAAACAAAUAUCACAUAGUGCUCAAUAUAAAGUAAUGAGACCCAUAAUCAAAAUCGGGGCAAUUGAUUCCGGAUUGGCAUUUCCUUGGAAACAUCCAGAUGAAUGGAGAUCAUUCCCGUUUGGAUGGUUAUUUUUGCCAUAUUCGAUAAUUGGACAGCCGUUUAGUAUGAAAACUAGAAAUCAUUAUUUACCACUAUUGACAUCUAAGACAUGGUGGGAAGAGACCGUUGCGAACUUGAAACAAGUAUUUAUUAAAGAUCAGGAUUUUAAGGAAAGAAUGUGGUUGAAGCAAUUGGCAGUCUUGAAAGGGCAAGCAUUCAAUGUAGUUGAGAUUUUGAAGUUGGGAUAUGCUGGUCCGUUGGAAUUGGCGAGAAGAGAGAACUUGUUGGUAUUUGAUGAUGUUAUGUAUAUGCCCGAGAAUAUUGGCUGUGAAGAAUUAUUUAGAAUGCAGACAUCGAUGUAUGAAGGAGAUAUCUCCAAGAGCUAUGACAUAAAUAGUCCAUUGCUACCACCUUCGACUGUUCAUACGUAUCUUGCGACUUCUAAGGUUAAUAAUUAUUUACGAAUCGUUGACACUGACAGAGAUGGAAAUGAUGCAGUUGCUAAUGAAUCGGGUUAUGAGCAUAUAAUCAGAGACGUGCGUACUGGAGAUCGUGCACCUGGAAGCAAACGAGUAAUUAUAGAAAGAUUAGUUAAAGAAACUAGUAAGCCACCUGUAUUUACUUGGUGUUAG